AUGUCCGAUCUUGCGUUCAACAUCUGGGGUGUGAUCGCCAGCGUCAUCGGUACUAUUCUGGCCCUGCUCCCUCUGUUCACCCUUUGGGUACGGCCUCGUUUGCCCUCGGCGACGAUACUUGAUCUGUGCGCCGUCUUGAAAGAGACGAAGGCGCUUUUCUCCGCUGCCCUCGAUGAAGGCCUGAUCACUGACGAGCACGAGAUCCGCCAAAUUCGCCUGAGUAUGGAGAUAGCCGCUGCAUACCUUGACGGGUUGUGCGGCACGGUCUACGCCGCCACGUCGUACCCCCAAAGCUUGAGGAACUGGUGGAACGGAGUAUCUUCGCGGAUUGCGGAGCUGUACGCGGAACUCAACGUCGUUCGGGUGAAGCUUGCAAAGAGAAAUUCAUUUGAGCGGAAGCUUCGGAUCGCCCAGGAGUUCAACGUUGAGUUUCCAUUCGACCCUGUGCAGCCCUCUUCCCCUCCUCCGCGAUACACCCUUACGCCACAACCGGAUCGCCCAUCGUUACUCCAACCAGCGAAGGCUCAGAGCCUACCGCCCGAUUCAUCCACCUCGCCAGAGCAUCAGUCCGCGUCCCAUGCUCAGCGUGAUGCUGAAAGCGACGUCAGAAAAGCGGACCUGGCCACUCCGGACUCGAGCAUCCGCUGCCCGCCGGCGACGUUCUCGCUCGAUGCUCAUCCGACCCUGGCGGUUCGCCCUACCCACCACGUCGUAUCCGAUGCCGACCUCCAAAGGUUGCUCUCUCUUGCUGCCACGCAUCCUCUUCUCCGGCCUGAGGAGCACGAGCGCCAGAGGGCGACACAUCGUGAUGAACUCCUGCUCCAUCUCGGCAGACUUUGCGACGACAUCGGUCGCGCGUCUACGCGCUCUGGCUACCCCUUAGGGUCCAGACGACAUGCCAAACGGACUCGUUUCAAAACGUUCGCACGCUUUUUCCGACACGUCGCUGGGAUACAGCAUCCCGGUGUCGGUGGCGACGCCGACAACAUCCAUCGCGAUCCGGAGUCUCUGCGGCCCCAUCGCAGGGAGGACAAGGAUGACGACGAGGAAUGGUGUGAUGAAUAAAAGUAUGGUAUCAACUCGUCACAGCGGUCUCUUCUCCAUUUGGUCCGCGUUGUCUGCCUAUGGCCUUGCUACCCUCUCUUGUUUUCCAAAGGUUUCUCAUUUCAGUACUGCCUUCGCUACUCGUUAUGCUGUACCAAUUUGCAUAUGCUCAUGCUCUCCACCCUCGCCUACGCCCAUACUCUCCUGCUCUCGCUCUAUUCACAGACGCGUCUGGAUACCGUCUUGUACAUCUCGCUAUC